AUGGAAUCUCAAGAUCCUUUUCCAAUUCAAACCAGAAAGCGUCAUCGUUCCUCCACCUCCUCAGCCACUGCUGCUACCUCUUCCUCUGUCCAACGCUUUAAGAACAAUGAAGCUCGAUCCUCCUUCAACAAGGACUUCAAUCGACGAAAGGUAAUUUCUGGCAGAAUCAUUGAUCUUGCAUUCUUUGAGAAACAUUCCAUCCCUAUAAAAACUUGGUUUGACAACCAAAACUGGUCCUCCUUGUUAAAACUUGACUGUGUCAUUUACCCCACACUGAUCAAGGAAUUUUUUGCUAACCUCUCUUAUGAUACCCAAUCUGCUCCUCAUACCCUCAAUUGUUUUGUCAAGGGUGUGUCCUUUACUUUAGAUCCCACUAUCAUAAAUUCAAUUUUAAAAACUUCCAAUGACGGAGAAAGGGUCACACCAACUGUUGCUACUCUUCACUUGCCUAAUUACUCUUAUCUUAUUGGUCUUCGGUUCCUCACAAAUAACCCUGAGUUACAUGAUCAAGUCACCGUCUCUGAGAAAGACCUUUCCCUCGAACUAAGACUACUCCAUCACAUUAUCACACACAACAUCAUUCCCCGUUCUGGCCGUUUCGAUGCCAUCACUUACGGACAUACAUUUCUCAUUCGGGCCCUAGCCACUGGUUACCUCAUUGAUUUUGGUUUUUUGACCAAAACCAAGAAACCUAGUCUCUCUUCUCCUGGUUUCUCUACCCCUGGUUCCUCCCUUCCCAGUUCUUCCACUCGUCACUUCUCCUCUCCUAAUCUCUCUUCUCCACCAUCUUCUUCUAAUCUCUCCUCUCUAUCUCUUAAAAUCGACCAUCUUGAUUCCUUGGUUCAGGGUCCCCUCUUUGAUGGGAUUGCUUCAAUCAACUCUAGGCUCAAUAAUCUAAACCUAGGGUCCACCUCACUCCCUGCCUCUAACAUCCCCUCCUCUUCUCACACUGUCCCUACCUCCUCAUCCUCCGCCAUGGAAGAAAAGAUCGAUGAAUUGAGCGCACUGGUUCUACAACUUAUCACUCAGCAGACUGCCAUGCAGAAAGACAUUGAUCGCAUGAAGCUAAAGCAAGAACAAGUCAUUGUCGCCUCUAAAGAAAGUGUUGAGAGUAUGAUGAAUGUUAAGAAUUCUUUUCUUAAUGGCCAUCUCACUGAGGAGGUUUACAUGCGUCCUCCUCCUGGCCUUCACCAUUCCACUGGCCAGCCACCAAAAAACUUUCGCCAAUCGUACUUCCCAAGAAAAGAUUUAAAGAAGCUUCUUGAUCUUCCAAUCCACAAGCACAAAGCUCCACUAUUACUAAACUUUAUUCUGACAUACAAAUCCACAUUGCCCGACGUCCCGAAGAAAAAGAAGAAGAGCCUCUCUCCACCUACUGCCACAACUAUAACCGCUUCUUCAUCCCGAACAGAUCAAGAGUCCACAUCUGACCCAACCAAUCAACCAUCCACUUCGGCCCCAUACUUGAUCCCAAUACCAGAAAGAAAACGUCAGCGACGCCUUGUCAAAACUGCCGAAAUGGGUCGUGCAAAGCCAAUUGCCCAAAAUCUCCUUGCCGACCUCCCGACUGAUGCUGAUGCUGUACCAUCCCAACCAAUGCCCCCACCAAAGCCAAAAAGAAUCAAGAAGGCCCAGCCUAAGGCCAAAGCUGUUGAGGCUGAGGAUAGUUUGCUUAUCUCAAAACUGGCUGAGAGUAAGAAGACUUUUUCUGCUCCUGCAAAAAGGUCUGCCGAAACCCAGCCCUCCGAGUCCACCCAAUCAAAAAAACCGAGGUCUGCCUCAGCUACAACUUCGGGGUCCAAGAAACCCGAUGUCCCCUGGGCACCAAAGUUGACUUUGGAGGAUAGGCCAAUUAUGUCAACUGAUAGUGCCGACGACAUUAAUGUCGGUGUCGCCCUCAAUACUGCUCUUCUUCUUCCAAGCGAUCUGGAGCGAAAUGCUGGGUACAGCGUGUAUGAAAACUACGCGCUAAUGCUCCAGCACUCCGUUCAAGCCAUCCAGCACGCCCAUUCGUUUUCGAUGCAAUCUUUUGAAAAUCGGCAAAAAGUGGUCGACUUGAAGAGGGAGGUUUCUGCCCUCAAAAAGGAUAGUAAAUCUCUUGAAUCAAAGAUGAAGAAAUUGGAAGAUCAGGCUGAGGCCGCUUCUAAGGCCCAACAGAUGGCCGAAGAAAAAGCGGAGUCUGCUGAGGCUAUUAGAAAGGUUGCCGAAGCUGAAAAGGAGUUUAAAUCAAAAAUGGUUCAGGCUGAGAAAGAGCUUCAGGAGGCUCUGGCCACAAAAAAUGCUGAAAUCAAAGAAGUCGAUGAGAAGGCCUAUGCCCAGGGUAUGGCCGACGUCACUGAGGAAUAUAAACUUCAAGUUAGGCAGGCAUGCAACAGGGGCUUCUCCCUCAGUUGGAUGGCCCUUGCCAAAAAACUCAAUGUCCCAGAUGACUCGCCGUUGCGUAAGGCUGAAGCUAUUCCUCUUCCAUUUCCUCCUCUUCCACCUCCAAGUUAGGCUGAAGAGGAAUCUGAGUCUGAGUCUGAAGCCAAAGAUGAGGAUAAGGAUGACGGUGAUGCUCUAGUAAGGAAGCCUAAGGAUGCCAAUGAGACCCAAUCUUUUCCUCAAGAUGAUCAAAUUCUAGACAUGACUCAUGAAGAGGAUGAGGAGGUUAUUAAGGAGGCAACUCCUGAACAAGCAUCUUCCGACGUUCCUCCAACCGAAAAAAGCCUUGAUGAAACUCUUGCAGAGAUUGACGCCGAGAUUGAAGCAGAAAACAUUGUCGAGGAGGUUCCACCAGAAUCUUCCGAGGUCCCAGCGCCCCUAGCUGUUAAUGUUGAAGAAUCCUAAUUUAAAUGUCUUUAUGUCCUUGCCUUUUUAUACUCUGUUUUGUUUUCUGAACAAUGUAAACUUCCUUUUAUGGCCGAUGUGCCUUUCUUUGUAUGUAACUGAAAUUGUUUUUUUUUUAUGGAUGCUUCAAUCUUUUAAUUCCUCUUUGAUUUGCUUCUGCAUGGUUGUAUGCCUUCUAUAUUUUGCCACCUUUGUGCAAUCUCCUCGGGGCUACACACCUCAGGUACAUCAAUCAUCCAACUUUACUUCGGCAAGAUACAGACCUGAAAGCUCUUGAUAAAUUCCAACAUGUGUUUAGCAUAUACUAUUCAAUAUUAACUCUGCAAAUUUCUUCUCAAGUUUCAAUAAGUAUGUAAACAGUGAUCUCGGUCUAACCUAAUUGUAAAUUGCUACAAAUUUCAACAAGUGUUAACAUAUACUGUAAACUAUUCGCAAGUUAUAACAAAUGUUAAAUAAUGGUCUAUUUGUGAAUUGCUGCAAAUUUCAACAAGUGUUUGAACAAUAUACUUAGCUUUUACUUCAAUUUGCAAAUUGCUGUAAAUUUCAACGGAUGAUCACAUGCCGGCUUAACAUUAUCUUGUAAAUUGCUACAAAUUUCAACAAGUGUUAAGCAUCUUCUUUGGUUGGAUCAACCUGUAGAUUGCUAUAAGUUGCAAACUAUAACCUCGGCUUUACUUCGACUUGUAAAUUGUUGCAAAUGUUAACAAGUG